AUGCGGUCCAGUAUCGCUUGCGCUCGAUGCCGGCGCAGUAAAAUCAAGUGCGUCAAUUCCGGCAUCGAUACCACCUGCCGCGCGUGCGAAUCCUCCGGCCGAGACUGUGUCUACCCAACCCCCGCCAUCGGCAUAAGUGGAAAUAAGCGAGAUCUGGCCGCGCUCGUUGAUGGGGAGGAUCGCAAUGGAGACUGGGGAGAUGGACCGAAGCGGCCACGCCAGCGCAAAAUCCCCGGAAUCCCAGGGUCUUCACCAGGAUCUAAAGCCGGUCUCGAUGCCCUCGAUGCCUCAAUUCUUACCACGAAAGUAUGGGAAGCCGUCUUCGAUCUAUUCCAGUCGCAUUUUGCUACACACCUACCUUUCCUCCACCCAGCCACUUUCCUCGGGCAAAUACGUCAACUGUCCACCCCAGCACCGCCAACCCCGAUCCAGGUAGAGGGACAGGAAGCUGUGCGCAAUGUCGCUUCCAAGGCCGAUCCGUCCUCAUCACUAAUCCCGCUGGGAGUCCUCGCAUUAACCGCUCGGUUCCACCCUCCUCUCGUCGCAUUCCACUCCCCCGCGUCACCCGGACACUCAUCGAACCCACUGGCAGCAUCUGAAUUCUACGCGACAGCUUUGCGAAGCCGGCUGGCCGGCCUUGAUGGCGCAAGUCUGGCUGUGCCCGACCUGGCCCGAGUUCAGGCACUACUCAUGCUAGCACUCCAUGAAUGGGGUAUGUGCCGUGGUAAGAGCGCAUGGGUAUAUGUUGGAAUGGCGAUCCGGCUUGCUCAGAGCAUGGGCUUACCAUUUGAGCUGGAGAAUGAGUUUCCCUCGCGGGACUUUUCCCGCUCGUCCCCGGGCUUCAAGCCCGAGGCUGAUCAUUUCGGGCUUCUUCGUCGAGUGGAGCCAAAGGAACAGACAUCGGAUGAUGUAAUUGCACAAGAAACCAAGCGUCGGACCUUUUGGGCAUGUUUCAUUCUCGACCGAUGCCUGAGCAGCGGCAAGUAUCGUCCGCGCAUGAUCAACAUUCAGGAUCUCGGAAUUCAACUUCCGAGUGAUAAUGCCUUUGCUUUCGGAGAGCGGGUUCGGACAGCCCGGUUAAAUGAGCCGACUGUGCGUCGCCCACAAAGUUUCGGGGCCCAGGGUGUGCAGAUCCCGAGUAUUCGGCAGAGUUUAGGGUUGGGUGAUGAUAAAAUCCCCCCUACGAACGGUACCCCUGAUGGCAAAGCUUGGUCGCCAAUCUCACGGCGCAAGGACUCGACUGAGGAUGACGUCGAUCGAUGGGAGGUUGGUGCUGAGGAGUCGGUCCUGAGUAGGGUGAUUCGCAUAAUUCGCAUUUGGGGAAGCAUCGCGAAAUGGUCCUGUGCGGGUGGCCGAAGAACGGAACAGUACCCCCCAUGGCAUCCCGAGUCGCGCUUCGCAACGCUGCGGAUGCAGUUGAACGAGUUCCAGGACAGCCUCUCCCGCAAUCUCCAAUACUCGGUCCGAAAUACCGAUACCCACAUUAUGUACAAGACCACGCUGGCCUCUUAUACUGUCAUGCAUGUCGUCUACUUCUUGUCGGUCAUCGUUCUACACCGUGCUUAUAUUCCAUUCUUGCCCCUCCGUUGCAAUGAGCCCAUUGGCCCCUUGGACGAGCCCUUGCUGCCUUCCGAUAAAGCCAGUGGCCCACCCGAGGCUUUCUGGCGGGACAGUGCCCGCGAGUUGUCCAAGGCGGCUCGUGAGAUGAUCGACCUGGUUGCAACCUGUCAAGGCCGCGGGGCUCUCGUUGAGAAUCCCCUUGUUGGCUUCGCGAUCUACAAUGCCGCCUUCAUUGGUGUGUACAGCUCUCAUUUCCCCCACAUGGAUCCCGACGGUCUCCUCGCUGCUAGACCUCCGCCGGCCAGUCAUGAUAGCCAAUUGCCCGGUGCAGUGCAGUCCCGCAAGGCCCUGGAUAUCCUACGGGAGAUGCGGCCACGUCUCAAGAUGGCUAGUGGAUGGUUCCGUACUCUGAACCGUCUUCACAGCUACUUCUCCAAGGUUAAGCGAGACUUCCGCCGGUACUCUCGCAACCGCCUUGAUAGUAUGUCGGAUGUGUCUGAUCAUGGGGGUGUGAACGGCGCUCGACCAAUUCGGGAUGGUGGCCUUGGCGGUGGCUUGGAGGAAUUCAAGCUUCUGGAGAAGCUGUUCCUGGACUUUGGUUCCAUUGAGGAUCAGCUGCAGGAUUCAAUGGAUGAAGAUGGUGUUGCAAUGGCCAUGGGUGGAGAGUUGAUGCCCGACCGCAUGACAAAUCUCAGUGACGCCGGCAGCAAUGCUGUUAAGAGUGAACUUGGGGAUCCCAUUGAACAGCAACUGGAUGGUGCCGGUGGUCGUCGCGAAUCCUGGGUGCCCGUCAAUAGUCCUGGCUUGCCUUUACCUAGCCACGAUGGAGACCGCCGCCCCAGUCUUCCUUUGCCUAACAACCGCCCCAUGCCAUCGCAAUCCCCUUAUUCUUUACCAUCUUUACAACAGCACCACCCAGAUGGACCUAUGUACACCUCCCCUCCCAGCCUUCCAUCCUUGGUAGCCACUACGCAAUCUCCCUCGCAAUAUCUCACUGCAACAACCAAUCGGCUGCAGCCCAUCAACUCUUGGCUCCCUACUCGCCAGAACGCACCCCCUCCAUACUCACAGUCGCUGCCACCCAUCAAUGCUACUGCUCCACACGUACCCGUCCUCCCACCGCCGGGAUCAGGUGUUCAACUGGCCCCGUCACCACCCUUGACCUCGACCGAGGGGCCUGACACCAGUCUCAUGUCAACCAGUCUUGGCGGUGAUGAUGUCAUGGCCUUCCUGGACGGAGGGGACUGGGCACAAUUGUCUAUGAUCCAACCCUCAGAAGUCGGCAUUCCCACCGGAUGGCUCAGCGCCGUGUGGACUACCUUCAGCCGAUAG